UUCUCUCUGAUUGUAGUAUGUGUCUCUGGGCGUAUAUGUGUAUAUGAAUAAUAUAUUUGCAUUUUGCACUUUGCACUUUUUAGAUACUUAGUUUACUUGGUUAAAUUUAUGUCGUGUAAUAUAAAUACAGUAACGCACGUUCAGCUUUAUACUUUAUUUCUGUCUGUCAAACACUUGGGAUGGCAAUAAAUAUUGUGAAGAAUAGAUUAUCGGGAUCAAUUGGGAAAUAUUUACAAGCUGCCACCGCGCUGAGAUACUCCACAGAAAUGUCGACGUACAAAACACUAGCAGUAUCUACUCCAAAACCGUUUGUUUACAUGGUCAAGUUGAAUAGGCCGGAGAAACUGAAUGCAAUGAAUUCGACUAUGUGGAAAGAAUUUAAGGAGUGUUUCAAGGAAUUAUCAACGAAUCCAGAUUGCAGAGUAGUUAUUCUGUCAGGUGCUGGCAAGGUGUUUUGCGCGGGAAUUGAUCUGCAGGGGAUGAUGGAAAUAGGUCAAAGCUUAGCGGAACACGAGGACAUUGCGCGCAGAUGCAAACUUCUAGAGCCUAAAAUUAAGGAUUAUCAAGAUUCAUUUACUGCUAUAGAAGAGUGCUCAAAACCUGUGAUAGCUGCUGUGCACGGUGCAUGCAUUGGCGCAGGUGUGGACAUGAUAUCCGCGGCUGAUAUACGCUACGCUUCUUCCAAUGCAUAUUUUCAAAUAAAGGAAGUUGAUAUAGGUAUGGCGGCUGAUGUAGGUACGCUUCAGAGAUUUCCAAAAAUUGUGGGAUCUGACAGCUUGGUAAGAGAGCUUGUUUAUACGGCGCGAAAGUAUCCAGCUACUGAAGCGCUGGAAAGUGGAUUUAUAAACCGCAUGUUGGAUAAUGAGGAGAGCUUAUUGAAUAAAUCAAUAGAAGUUGCUGAAGAUAUCGCAAGUAAGAGUCCAGUUGCAGUGCAAGGUUCAAAAAUGAAUCUGGUAUAUUCCAGAGACCAUUCUGUUCAAGAAGGAUUGGAUCAUAUUGCAAUGCAAAAUAAGGCAAUGCUCCAAAGUGAAGAUUUUUUGAAUGCAGCUAUGGCUCAAGCUGUUAAAGGUGAUCCUCCAAUAUUCUCCAAGUUGUAAAUUAUUUUCAUUCUUAGUUUUAAUAUUUCUAAUAUUCUUGAUAUUCCCAAUAUCACAUAGAUAUUAUAUCAAUGUUAUAUUAAUGUUAGAUAUAAAUGGGUACAUGUAUUUUUUUGGAAAUAUA